AAGUGUUUGCCAUGAGGAAUCCAUGUCUACAAGUACUCAGUUUCUGUCUUCAGUAGAAAUCUCUGUGACAUUCUAGGCUAAAGUUUAAAAAUAGCAAAUUAACGACCUUCACUCUCCAUGCUAACAUUCUGAAUGGCUGUUGCAUGAAUGAACAGAAGCAAUGUGGCCAUGUCUUCUGAGUGGGAUAUCUGAAAAUGCAGCACACUCCAACACAGGUCUAACAUGGGAACAAGUGCCUCCCUUUUGGUUUGUCACUCACUGUCUUCAGUUAAAAUUAAGCCAGGCACAAAUAAAGUGGCACCAGAUUUCCAGAUCACAAAGAGGAGAAACAAUUUUGGUGUUCCCCUUGAGACUCUUGCACAAGAGGCAACACAAUGGCAAGUUCCUUUUGUUGUGACACAGAUGGUGGAAUACCUAGAAAUGUUCGGCCUGGAUCACAUAGGUUUAUUUCGAAUCAGUGGCUCAGUGAACAAAAUCAAAGCAUUGAAGCAGAAGUAUGAUCAAGGUGAAAAGGUGGACCUCAUUAAUGAUGGUGACAUAGAUUCUGUUGCAAGCCUCUUUAAACUUUUCCUCAAGGAGCUUCCAGUGGCUGUUUUCCCAGACAACUUACAUGCUAACCUUCUUAAAACCUUUGAAGAUAAGAACCACAUGGCUGAGUGUACACAAUGUCUGAAAAGGUUAUUAAGCAGCUUUCCCAAGGCCCACUACAGCCUUUUCCAGUUCCUCUCUACCUUUCUAUUGAAGGUGGCAUCACACAGUGAAAUGAACCACAUGACCCUGGAAAACCUUGCCAUUGUAUUUGGGCCCACCCUUUUCCGAAUUCCUUUCAGUCCUUUGGCUCAUGAAAAACAAAUGCUUUGUAAUGCACUCCUGCUGCAUUUGCUCCAGAACCAUGAGAUACUAUUUGCAGACUCUGGCAGCCAUUUCUCACUGACACAAGCAGACAACACUGAGAAAAACAACCUAGAAGACACAGAAAGAACCAAUUGCAAGUUAAGCAUUCAGGAUCAUUCCUUCAACAAUACAGCUUUAGCAGAGUGUGACGAGGAUACAGAGUCUGUACAUGAAGACCAAGCAGCAAACUCCAUCCACAGAGAUGAAAACAACAAAGAAAACUAUCCCAACAACACUACAGUCUUAGAGGACAGCCAGCCAGAAUUACGAGAUAUCGAGCAACACGUGGAACAGACAGCUCAUGACUGCACACUGCGAGCUGGAAUGGGCAACUUAAAAUUAAGAAAGCCCAAAUCCAUUGCAAAACUAGAAAAUGGGAAGAACCAUGAAGAAAGUCAGGAGAUGGAGAAUGCAUUGCCAGGAUUCUCAGAAUGUCAGGGGAAAUCAGGAAUGUCCACUAAUGACUACAUCCAGAAUGUGGCUUUCAGAUGCCAGGAAACAGUUGUGAGACUUCAACCAAGAAUAGAUCAGUGCGCAUUUCUUUCACCAAAGGAACCUACUGAACAACUGCAGAAUUUAAAUGAGGAAGAAACUCCUCAGCUGCAGGCUUUCAAGGAUCCUCCAGCCUCUUCCUCAAUUCAAUCCAGUGUGCAAACUGAUGGGGCCAGUUGUGGAGAGCAAUGUCACUUCAUUUCUCCUAUUAUUGAUUUUAAUUUAAUGCAUCAGCAGAGAGAUUGUGAAGAGCCUGUACCAGCCCAUCGAGACUGGCAGAGUGACGCAGACAACGGCCUAGAAGACCAUCACUCCUUAGGGACCAGUAGACUACUAUAUCAUAUUACUGAUGGAGAUAAUCCCCUUCUGUCACCACGCUGCUCAAUCUUUAGUCAAAGCCAGAGAUUUAAUUUAGACACAGAGUCGGCCCCUUCCCCACCAAGCGCUCAACCUUUCAUGAUGCCCAGAAGUUCUUCCAGGUGUAAUUGUGAGGACUGCAAAGAGCCGCAGACAGUAAUGCAACUUACCAGACAUCUUCAAAGUCUCAAGAGAAAAAUCAGGAAGUUUGAAGAAAAGUUUGAACAAGAAAAAAAAUAUCGGCCUUCACAUAGUGACAAAACUUCCAAUCCUGAAGUCCUGAAAUGGAUGAAUGACUUGGCUAAAGGUCGUAAACAACUCAAAGAGCUUAAACUCAAAAUGUCAGAAGAGCAAAACUGUACCCCUAAAGCACCCAAAAGAAUUGUGCAGCAUGAGAGCCCUGGAAUAUACAAAGAGAUCAGGAAGCAAGAAGCAGCAAGUACUGAACCAAAUCCAUCCGUCGAAGAAACCGUGGAUACCAUAAUGAAGCGAUUAAAGGAGAAAAGACAACAGUUUAACCUCCCUGAGACUAUAAAGGAUAUGACAAAAAAGCAAAUGGCUUUGGAAAAAAUCAGUCUUCAGAAAUGUCUGCUAUAUUUUGAGAAUAUUCAUGGACGACCUGUAACUAAACAAGAGAGGAGUAUUAUGAAGCCUCUUUAUGACAGAUACAGAAUUAUCAAGCAACUUCUCUCAACACCAUCUUUGAUUACAACAAUUCAGGAGGAAGAAGAUUCAGAUGAUGACCAUUCUCAAAGCAGCCAUGAAUUAUCAUCCAGUUCGGCAUCUAACCUUCCUGUAGACGACUAUCUGUGCUGCUCAGAUGAGGAGAAUGAGCCUGUAAUUGUUUCCCCUCUGGAAGAAAAAAAGGCAAUCAAACAACCAGCUCUAUCUCUGUCCAAUUUACAUGAGGCCACAAUGCCUGUGCUACUUGAACAUCUCAGAGAAACAAGAGCUGACAAGAAAAGGCUUCGCAAAGCUCUGAGAGAAUUUGAGGAACAGUUCUUUAAACAAACAGGAAGGAGUCCACAAAAGGAAGAUCGCAUACCCAUGGCUGAAGAAUACUCUGAAUAUAAGCAUACAAAAGCCAAACUCAGGCUCUUAGAGGUUCUCAUCAGUAAGCACGAUGUCUCUAAAACAAUUUGAAGUCAAUAAAAUACACAGC